CGCCGCUCGCCGCCGCCCAGGGCCGGAGCCCGCGCGGCUCGCAGCGAGCCCGGCGGUGCCGCGUAGCGCAGCGGCAGGGGCAGCGGGAGCGCGGGGGCCCGACGCGCGGCUGCAAGGUCACUGCGCACCAUGGAGGCCAAGGUCCGCCAGAGCCGGCGCUCGCGCGCGCAGAGGGACCGCGGCCGGCGCCGGGAGGCCGCUCGCGAUGGCCGAGAGCAGAGCGCGUCGUCGGGCGACGAGGCCGAGCCCGGGCCCGGCAAGGAGAACGCGGGGCUGCCCCGCGCGCCCCCACCCCGCGCCGCCGCCGCGCGCCCCCCGCGCCGCCGCCGCCGCGAGUCCAGCUCGCAGGAGGAGGAGGUCAUCGACGGCUUCGCCAUCGCCAGUUUCAGCACGCUCGAGGCCCUGGAGAAGGACAUGGCCCUGAAGCCACAGGAGCGCAAGGAGAAAUGGGAACGUCGCCUUGCCAAGAAGCCCCGCGAGGCAGAAAACUGCCCAUCUGCAGAACCAAGUGAGAACGGGCAUCCCCUGGAGAUUGGCAGCCCCGAGCAGGACCUGGAGCCUGCCUGCGACCGGGGAAAGAAGAAGGUCCCGCUGCAGCCCACCAAGCAGAUGAAGGUCACAGCGUCCAGAGGGGGCGACCACCACAGUGGGGAUGACAGCUUCCACGAAGCCACCAGCUCCCGGAGGAGUAGUUCUCGGGACCAGCUCAGUGACAGCUCUACGCAGGCCGUCUCGGGCAGAGGCUACUCGUGUGACAGCGAGAGUGAAGGGGACGACAAGGCGUCCGUGGGCUCCGAGAAGCUCUUUGCCCCAGCAGCCGAUAAAGGCCCCACGCUGGGCGAGGAGGCCGGGCCGCCCAAAGUCUCGGGCCUGGAGCGCAGCCGCGAGCUGAGCGCCGAGCCACCCAUCCUGCCCCCCGCCGGCCCCGCCUCGGGCGCCCUGGCCAGCCCGCCCGUCAAGAAGGAAGCCCCGGCCCUGCCCCGCCUCACCCCGCAGCCUCCGCCCGCAGCCCCGCAGCCCCGCGCCCCGCUCCCGACGCACGUGCCUCUGCCCCUGGGCGCCUUCGCCGGCCACGGCCCCGGCCCCGGCCCCGGCCCGGGUCCCGGUCCCGGCCGGGCCGCGGCUGCGCACAACGGCCUGCACGGCUUCAGGAGCAGCAGCGCCGGCAGCAGCGCCAGCCUCGGGCUCGCGACGCACGCGUCCCUGUCGCCUCUCGGGCCGGGCCCCCACCUGUCUACCUCACACUUGGCGCUCCGCUCGCAGGCCCAGCACCAGCACCACGCGGCGGCCAUGUUUGCCGCUCCCCCGACCCUGCCCCCGCCCCCGGCGCUGCCGGCCAACAGCCUGGUCGUCCCCGGACACCCUGCCGAUGCCAGCCUGUUGAUCUCAUUCAGCCAGCCAAUCAUGUAUUGCCAGCCUCAUUCGGGGAUUCUGAUUGAUCACGAGCUGCUCAGGCAAGAGCUGAACGCGCGUUUUCUGGUCCAGAGCGCUGAGCGGCCCGGCGCCCCCCUGGGCCCGGGGGCUCUGCUGCGGGCGGAGUUCCACCAGCACCAACACACACACCAGCACACACACCAGCACCAACACACAUUUGCCCCCUUCCCCACGGGGCUGUCCCCGACGCCUCUCCUGCCGCCCACCGCACCCCCGCCGUUUGAUAAAUACGCACCCAAGCUGGACAGCUCCUACUUCCGACAUUCCAACUUUUUCCCGUCCUUCUCUUCUGCCAUCCCCGGACUGCCCACCCUGCUCCCACACCCAGGCCCCUUUGGGUCCCUACAGGGUGCUUUUCAGCCCAAGACUUCAAACCCAAUCGAGGUAACAGGCCGGGCCAGUGCUGUUCACACCCUUCUCCAGAAAGCCCCUGGGGUGUCCGACCCAUACCGGACCACAGUCAGGAAACCUGGGAAGUGGUGUGCUGUACACGUGCAGAUUGCCUGGCAGAUCUACCACCAUCAGCAGAAGAUAAAGCAGAUGCAGCUGGACCCUCACAAGCUGGACUUGGCCAGCAGACCCCCAGCCCCAGGCGUGUUUGCUGGACUCCACUACCCGCAGGACCUAGCCCGGCCCCUCUUCGGCUCGGGUGCUGCCCAUCCCACCACCAACCCAUUUGGACCCCCGGCCCAUCCCAGCAGCUUCCUGACCAUGGGUCACCUGACAGACCCUUUCAGCAGGCCAGGUACCUUUGGGGGCCUGGGGAGCCUGGGCAGCAACGCCUUCGGAGGCUUAGGGAGCCAUGCACUGACUCAGGGCAGCGGCAUCUUUGCCCCCAAGGAGAGCUCCUCGCUGCAUGGCCUGCCUAGCCCCCAUGAGACCUGGAAUCGACUGCACCGGGCGCCCCCCUCGUUUCCCACACCACCCCCAUGGCCUAAACCUGUGGACCCUGAUCGGGUCUCAGCCCUGACCAACCACGACCGAGAGCCGGACAAGGGCAGGGAGGAGCGGGACCUCCUGGAGAAGACGCGCCUGCUGAGCCAGGCCUCGCCCUCGCCCACAGCCCCGGCGGGGGCCCCGGUCAGCAGCCUCCUGCUCCGCGGCCAGGGCGAACCCCGCCGGCCCGGCGUCCUCGCCGAGCGCGCCGAGCCCGAGCGCGAGCCCCGCGUCAAGGAGAGCUGCUCUCCGGCCCAGGACGACGGCGCCAAGCCGGCCGCGCGCCCGCCGUCCCCCUACUGCAAGGCGGCCCUGGGCGACAGCCUGCGUCUAGCCGGCCUGCUGAGCCGGGAGCUGGGAAAGCCCUUGCAGGUGCUGGCCCAGCGGCCCCAAGGGGACGUCAGGGUCAAGGAGGAGCGCAGGGAAGACGGCGACGCGCCCGAGCCCCCCGCGGCCGGCUUGCACCCAGCGCCCGAUCACCCACGCGCGCCCCCCGCGCCCCUGCAGCCCGGGCUGGCCCCGGCGGCCCGCGAGCGCCUGGGCUUCACGUGGGAGACCCUGCGCGAUGCCUACCGCGGCCUGGAGCUGCCCCGGCGCGCCCUGCCCGCCGCCCCCGCCGCCCCCGCCCCGGGCCCCGCCGCCCUCUACGAGCCCCCCGAGCGCCCCUACCGUGACCGCGAGCCCCACGGUUACAGCCCCGAGCGCCUGCGGGAGGCGCGCCGGGAGGAGCUGGAGCGCACGCGGGCCGCACCCCUGGACGGCGCCGCGCUCCUGCCCGCGCUGGGCGCCCUGCACUACCCGCGCCUCGGCCCUGCGGCCGCCGCGCUGCACCGCGGGCUCCUGGCGCGGACCCCGCCCGCCGCCGCCGCCGCCGCCGCGCUGGGCGCGCCCCCCACGCCCCCCGGGCCGCCGCCGCCGCCGCCGCGGAGCAGGACUACGCCGCUCGGGGCCCACGGGCCCGAGGUGCGCGACUACUCCCCGUCGCGCAACCCGCAGGAGGUGGAGGCGCGGUAGUGCCCGGCCCGGCCCCGGCCCCGGCCCGCCCGAGAC